AUGGCUGUAUUCACCCCUCCAUCAGGUACUAACAGCUCCACCGACCGUCCUCAUCCACAAGAGGACAACGACAAAGAUGAUAAUGAUAUCAAGAAAUUCUACAUAAGGCCAAGCUUAGGCUUGAAACUAUGGGGUCCACUCGUGCCCGCACCCGAUAACCUAACCGGGCUUUACACUCUAAUCACCAUUCAAUCUGCAGUGGGGGUGUUUGCCCUCUGGAGACUGAAAAGACUCUACAGGCUACCGCCACCGCGUCGCAUCCCCACUGGAACUCAUUCAGAUUUAUCUUUUGGUGAACUACCCAGUGAAAUGAUUGUUAAUGGAAAGACUAAAAUUAAAAAGGAUAUCGCGGACUUUCCCACUUUAAACCGCUUUUCCACUACCCAUGGAGACAUCGUACUCGCCCCUCCCCCCAUCAUGCCUCGCCGGUCUCGAUUUAUAAGCAUGAGGAAACUCAUAUGGGGAUUGUUUGGCUCACUCUUACUUUCGCAGUCGCUCUUGGAACUUACUCGCUUGAAUUUCCUCAAAUAUGACCCUUGGUACGACGAAAUGAAAUCCGUGCGUGAUAAGAAGUUCUUCAACAACAUCGUCAAGUAUUACCACGAAGGCAUAGACCCUACCAAGAUAAAAGUCAAAGACGCUAUGAACGGUACACCACUCUCCACAAACAUUCCCGAAGUCAAGCAAAGCGUCGCUCUUGCCAGAGCGCAAGUUGAGGCACAAAACCCCAUCAUCAAAUGGUUCGGGCCUUUGGAAUACAAGCCCAUGUCUUUCAACGAGUACCUCAAUCGCAUGGAGUUUCACCUGGAUAUGUUCGAGUUUUUUCAAAACAAAAGAAAUAUUAGAGAAAACUCUAUCGAGCUCAUCAAUUCCAUAUCCCAUCAUCCACAGUCUUCCGCUGGCAUGGAAGAGCUUUCUGAAUCCAAGAAACUACAUCUACAAAAUGUCGAAAAAAGACUGCAUUUCUUAGCAUCCUCAAGAGAUUCUAUUGCCACCCCUGUGAAAGAGAGAUCCAACACUACGAUCUCAAGAGGUGUUGUUUUGCCCCACGAUACUAAUGCCCCACAGGAAAUUGACAUCGAUACAAUAAAAUCGCUCUAUGAUCCGUGGAUGACUUUGGCCCUAGAAACUUCGUUAAGCAUAAAAUUUAUACCAACUACCAUGCCCUCCCAUACUAAGAUCCCCAGCACUACGGACUCUUCGGCACCAGGACCCACUCCCAAUGCUCUCACGAAUGAAAAGACGCAUUAA